UCAGCGCUCUUAGAUCUUAUUUAUACAUAAAUAUAUGGUGUACAUAUAUACAUACAUAUUGCUUUAGCACUUGCCGGAGGUCUUACCAACACGCUAUCGAUUACUUCAUAACUACCGCGUGUACAAACAAGUAUUGAGUAAUAUAGGGCAAUUGUUAGUGCGUGUGCGCAAAUCACUUAAGUACACAGCUGGUACUUUCACUAGCAAUGAUCGGCGUCUUAAUCGCACUUGCAGUACACUUAGAAGGGAGUUCUGCGCAGCUUCAUUCCAUCAGUGACCGUGGUUUACCGCGCAAUUCAUAUCGACCAAAUCGCUACGAAGGCAAAGCGUCUUUUACCACUGCAAUAUGUCGACCAUUUUCGUUACGUUACUGUGUGUAUUCUUUGCCAUCAUCCCAGCUCCAUUGUGGGCUGCGUCACGCCAUCCAUUGCAUUCUUUGCGUUCACUCCACUGGCGCCCAUCGAAGACGCCCUGCUCCGACUAUGAGAUGCUGAUUAUCAACACGCGUUACUGCGUUUCUCGCUGUCCGAUCCGCUGCUCAAAUGGUAGCUGUUUUGAGGAUGGCGUUUGCCCGUGUGCCGACAACUAUCAAACGUCGUUCGAAAAGGAGGAGCUUGUAUGCGCCACCGAAUGUCUGCCCGGUUGUCAUACUGCUGGAGGCUUCUGUGCAGCACCCGAUUUGUGUCUCUGUAGUCAAGAGGGGUAUUAUUUUGAUGCGGUGGCACGCCGUUGUCGAAAAUACCAUAGCUUGAGUGAUCGUUGUUUCGGGCGCUGCUUGUAUGGAAAGUGUAACGCCAAUGGAGAGUGUAUUUGCGCACAAGGAUAUAUCUCUCAAGAGAAUCUGUUCGGCCAAAUGUGUGCUCCCGUGUGCAAACAAAACUGUGGUAAAUAUGGCUUUUGCUUUUUACCGAAUAUGUGCGCUUGUCGAAAGAAAGACUAUCACUACGAAUAUGAUGGCGAAUGUCAUGCGGACUACAUACAUCUGGAGCAAUAAUGCGAGCGUAGACACCAUUUACGCGGUUAUACCCGAGUUUCCUUUUUUUGCUAUUUGGCGCCGAUUCGAGAUACCACGUGCAGUCAGGUCCUUCUCCACCCGAUGUCUUCAACGAAGUGAAGGUCUUCCUCUUCCUGUGCUUCCUCUGGCGGGUACUUAAUGGAAAACCUUCUUCGCUGGUGUGUUUCCCUCCAUCCGGACAACAUAACGUAGCCAGCCCAGCCGCUGUCUUUUGAUUAGCUGAACUAUGUCCAUGUCGCUGUAUAUCUCGUACAGCUCAACGUUCCAUCAACUGCGAUACUCGCCGUAAAUCUUCCGCAGAACCUUUCUCUCGAACACUCCUAAAGCGGACUCAUCAGACGAUGUCAUUAUCCGUGUCUUGGCAAGACAUAGCAGGACGGCAAUGAUGAGGGACUUGUAGAGUUUGGUAUUUGUUCGUCGAGAGAGGCACCUGUUAGCAGGAGUAAUUCUGCGUUGGAUUUCAAGGAUGAUAUUGGUAUUAGUGUUGAUGCUGGUUCCAAGAUAAACGACAUUAUCUACGACUUCAAAGUUACGAAGUGUAAUGAAUUAUAGUCAGGCUUCUGGUUAAGCAGUUACAGUAGUGCUAUACUCAAUUUCUACUCUUGCGUCCUUAUUGCGCAUCCAGGAAAUUUGUGUAUUAUGCGGUAGCCAAUUAGUGUUAGUACCGUUAUAUGGAGAGUUAUCUUAAUUUACGGCUGAGUUAUGGCCGUUUAUAUAAUACGUUUUCUAUUAUUGGUGUUUUUGUGUCUUCCGAUUACGCUCAUCUACGAACUUAUCCUUACUUUUUUUGUCCAUAAACACGUGUACAAAAUUUCAUUAAUAUAUCUCAAUUUUUACACAAGUUAUCGCAUGCACGGAUGGACGGCAAGACAGACAGACAUUCACUCGGAUCCUGAUAAAUUAUUUGUACAUAACCCCAUAUCUA